AUGGGCUCAGUAUCCCUCCCGCCUCUCCCACCAUCUCCCCCCGUUCACCUUUCCACGCAUUGCCGUGCUGUCCCUCCAUUGCCCUUCCUUCAUCUCCCUCUCUCUGUUAACCAUUCCACGUUGCCCCUCCCCCCAUUGCCUCUCAUCGCCCUCCCUUCAACAACCGUCACCAUCCCACCCCCAUGCCCCCCCAGCAACUCGCCACUGAAGCAGCCCUUCUACCGCCCACCCGCCUCACGCCUGGCUGCGUUGCGCCUGCUGCUGCAGAUGGGCAUGCACCCCGCAUGGCUGGAGGCACCGCUGCCCACGGGUGCCCAGGGGGAUGGGGGCGAGGUGGGCGAGGGGCAGGGCGAGGGGGAGGAGGAGGAGGGCGAGGAGGGCAGGGCGCGGGGCGAUCUGCUGGCGUACGUGGUGCAGCGGGGGCAGCUGCCAGGCGGAGUGGGCGACCCUGCUAUGGCGGAGGUGCUGCUCAAGGGGCUUCGGCCCAUGCGCUUGGCAGGUGGGCGGCACAAGGGCGGCAAGUGGAUCGCAGGUGGGUGGCAGGUGGGUGGCAGUUGGGCAGAAGGGCAGCUGAUGGGGGUGGAGGCGGCGAGGGCGUACAGCAAGGUGUGGGGGGGCGGGGUGGCGGCGCGCUGUGCAUGUGUGGCGGCGCACUACGGGGACAUCCAGGAGGCGCACUUCUGGCUGCUGCUGCCGCACGCCCUGCGCCUCCUCGCCCAGGGUUCAGCGGGGCCGCACGCCUUCUGGCCGCCCGACACUGCCGCGCCCGCCGCUGACGCCACCACCACCACCGCUGACGCUGGUAGUGGUGGUAGCGGCGCUGAUGGCACAGCAGGCCCGAGUGGUGACGAGGCGGAGAGAGACGCAGGGGGGAGUGGAGAGGGGGACCGAGAGCAACACAGCGCAGAGAGUGAGAGGGCUGCUGCACAAGAAGAAGGAGAAGGGAAGCAGCAGCAGCAGCGGCAGGAGCAGCAGUGGAAGAGAGGCCUGGACCUGGAUGCAGCAGCAGGGGCGGGGGGGGAAGGGUACGGGGAGGAGGCGGUGGGGGAGGAGGUGGAGGUGUGGGGGGACGAGAUGGGUGUGCGGCGCAUGGCGUUGGAGCGCAUCCACUGGCACAGCCAAAUCACGGGCACUGAUGCUGCCAGCAAGCGCGUGCACGAGUUCAUCAUGGUGGGCGAUCUGGAGGCGGCGGUGACGCUGCUGCUGGCCACGCCCUUCGACUCGCCCGCCUUCCACCGCGACGCCCUUCGUGCCGUGGCGCUCAGCACUGCUGUCUCGCCCUCCAUGCACCACCUGGCUGCCAAGGUGGUGGCGACGAACAUGGUGCUGGCGGGGGAGCCGCUCACAGCCGUGCAUCUGCUCUGCUCCAUCGGCCAGUAUGCCGACGCCUGCACGCAGCUGCAAGCCAUUGGUCGAUGGGUGGAUGCAUCAACACUCGCAGCUUGCCACCUGUCAGGCGCUGAUAGGGCCAAGGUGCUGCACCGAUGGGCGCAACACACUCUCAACAACGAGCAUGACCUGUGGCG